GUAUGGAUAUCACGUGUCUAAAACCUCCUACGUGGUCUGUAACGACCCCCCCACCAUCCAGAAGAUCUUCAGCCGGAUCAGAAACUUUGACGGCGAAGGAUCGUACCCGAAGACGUGCGGCGGCGUCCGGAUCGUCCACGUCAGAGACGCCACCACAGGAUACGACAGCAGCCAGCCGGACCUCAGAUCUGUACUUCCUGUGACGAGGAGCAGUCACAUGAUCACCUUCAGUCUACAGAACGGCGUCGUGGCCACGCUGAGAACCAGCGGCACCGAACCCAAAAUCAAAUACUACACUGAGUACUGCGCCGCCCCGGGGACCAGGUGAGCCUCCUGCACCUGCUGUCAAA